AUGUCGGACUCUACCUUUGAUAUCAAACAAACAUACCUCAAAUUCUUGGAGGAUGACAAGGAUAUGACAAUGCCAGUUGCGGCUAUUGAGUCACUUGUCACUAUGUUGAGAGUAAAACAGCCGUCAACGUCCAGUGAGCUCAUCAACCUAGUAAGAUCAAGUAUUCAGACUUUGAAACUGUCAAUUUCCAAUGCAAUUUCCCUAUCCGCUGGCUGUGAUUUAUUUAUGCGAUUUGUUUUGAGAAAUACUAAACUUUAUUCAGACUGGGAGUCGUGUAAAAAAAACCUAGUUGAAAAUGGAGAGUUGUUUGUGCAACGAGCAAAGGAAUCAAGAGACAAGUCAGCAGCUUUCGGCGUUCCAUUUAUCAAAGAUGAUGACACAAUUUUAGUGCACUCGUAUUCACGGGUUGUAUUUCAAUUACUUUCAAAAGCUAAGAUGGACAAUUUGCUUCGGUUUAAGGUCAUUGUUACGGAGGCUAGGCCAUCAGGUAAAGGCUAUUUGAUGGCCAAACUCUUAAGAGACUGCGAUAUUCCGGUUGAGGUUAUUGUUGAUAAUGCAGUGGGUUACAUGCUACAUAAAGUAGACAAGAUAUUAGUUGGUGCAGAGGGUGUCGUUGAAAGUGGCGGGAUCAUCAACCAUAUUGGAUCCUAUCAAAUUGGCUGCCUCGCAAAAGCAAACAAUAAACCCUUCUAUGUUGUCACAGAAUCCCACAAGUUUGUCAGAUUAUUUCCGUUGACGCCCAAUGAUUUGCCACGCGAGAUGGCCACGAUUUUGGACGAUACGAAUGAAAACACUGAUGACGAUCUUCUCAAAACGCAGUUAAUUGAUUACACGCCUCACGAAUUCAUCACUGCUUUGAUCACGGAUUUGGGAGUUUUGACACCAUCUGCUGUAUCUGAAGAAUUGAUCAAAAUGUGGUAUGACUAA